UGCCGCUGAUAACCGCCACAGAUGGUACGGCUGUUCCUGACCAGUAUAUUGCCCAUCUUUUGCCAGAAGGAGAGUAUGGAAAAAUUCGUAGCAUCCUGAAAGGAAGUGGUUCUUAUCAAAAAGCAAAGUUCAUAAAGUUCACUAGAACAAGCAGAUACGCCAUACUUAAGGGUAUAAAAGAAAGUGAUCUUCAACAGCUUCGCCAGCUUACUGACGUCAUUGCGGAAAUCGAACAAGAUAAAGCAAUGUCGAUUGAUGGAUCUUAUUGUGCAGGACCUUUUCCAGCAUCUCACACAUGGAAUUUAGACCGAAUAGACGACGAAAGGGAUGAUGACAGUUUUACCACCUGGGCGGUCGGCUCUGGUAUAGACGCAUACGUCAUGGACACUGGAAUAAAUCCUGAUCACGUUGACUUCGGAGGAAGAGUGUCAUCAGGAUGGCACGCGAGUUCUUUCUCCGAUAGCAGAGACACCCAUGGUCAUGGUACCCAUGUGGCCAGUACCUUAGGCGGCGAGACCUAUGGAGCAGCCAAGCAGGUGAACCUUAUUCCCGUCAAGGUGUGCUCCCGGACAAGGUGUCCAACCUCGGACAUCCUGGCAGGACUGAACUGGAUAAAGUCACGGGUUCAACAAAACAAGCGUCUGUCAAUCAUUAACAUGUCACUGGGUGGUGGGUACUCCUCUAAUCUCAAUGACGCCGUGUACGCGGUAUUGGAUGCAGGCAUUCCAGUGGUAGUCGCCGCUGGAAAUGACGACAAGGCCAAUGCGUGUAAUUUAUCCCCGGCAAGCGUAAGCGGAGCCCUCACUGUUGGCGCCACCCAGAUAGACGAUUACUUGGCUCCGUUUAGUAACAUCGGACCGUGCGUCGAUAUUUAUGCUCCAGGGAGGAAUAUCAGGGGCGCCUCCUACGCGAACACGCACGGUUCAGUGGCACUUGAUGGGACGUCAAUGGCGUCCCCUCUCGUCGCCGGUGUAGCCGCGGGUUUGUUGCAGGCCUAUGCCAACGCUGGGUUUUUCAGCGAACCGUCGACAAGCGUCGUUGACACUCUAAACUAUGACAUCAUCCAGUAUGCGGAGAAGGGUACAGUGAGGGGACUCCCGUCUUCGAACAACAACAAUGUUAUGCUUCAUACCACCUGCCUGACUACCUAA